AUGAGUGAAUCAUUAGAGAGACUAAUGAAGAGAGAAGAAGAAUCCAAAAAUAUUACUAAUGAUAGUCCCAAUGACAACAACGACAACAAUAAUAAUGUAUUAAAUGAAGAGAUGUUAAAAAUAGAUAAUGAAGAAGAGGAUGAAGUAGAUGAGGAAAGUGUAGAUUAUCCCAAAGGAAAUAAUCCUAAUGAUAUAAAGAACAAUUUGACUGGGGAUAAAAACACGGAUCUGGUGAAGGAAACCAUCAAACCUGCUCCUUUAUCACCACCAUCAAAACCAUCUUCAGAACCAGAUAUUUCAAAUUUGGAGGAAGACAAUAAAGGGGUUUCUCUUAGAACUGAAAAAUCCAUAAAAGAUAUUAAAUUAAAAAAAAAUGUUAACAAAGCUGAUAUCAACGAUAACAGCAACAACAAUGAUAAUAAUGACAAUGACAAAGUUAUAAACCAAUCCGACCUUAAAAGUAAAGAGUAUUCCAGAGAACAAGAACCAAAAAUAGAUAAGGAAACACAACAAGAAGAAGCACCAGAAGAAGAAGAAGAGGGAGAAACAAGAUGUAUAUGUAACGAAUUAGAUCCACCAGAUGAUUCAGGUCUUUUUAUCCAAUGUGAACAAUGUGGUGUAUGGCAGCAUGGAUAUUGUGUGGGUAUUAUUAAAGAAGAUACACCAGACAAAUAUUGGUGUGAACAGUGUAGACCUGAUUUACAUCGUCUGUAUAUCACGGAUUUGGGAGAAAAUAGAUCUCUAUAUAAACCAGUUCAGGGACUAAGAAGACAAAAGAAACGACUCACCAGACAAUCCCAAGCAAGUAAAAAAAAUAAAACCAAUAGAUCAAAGGAUUUAGCAGAAACUUCUUCAACUACUACAGAUACAUCGCUAUCUAUCGAUUCCUCUUCUCCAUCUACUAUAACUUCAAGUGUUAGUAAAACAUCUCGAAAAACUGAUAAUUCUAUUUCAUCCACCAUAUCACGUUCCACCAGAUCUUCCAACAAGAAUAAAGAUAAGAGUGUUACUACUGAAGACAGCAAAAGUGAUGUACGUUCUAAUAUAUCUACUCGUUCUGAUAAUAAUUCAUCUAUUAAUGAAACAGAUGAUGAUAUUAACGAUAAUGGCAAUGAUUAUGACGAUAAUGAAAACACAGAUAGCAUUAACCAAUCAUCAACUUCAUACAAUGAAAAUAAUAGAAGACUGCAAGAUAGAAAACGUGCCACUUUUCAAGCUAGGGAAGAAAAACAAUAUCAAAGAAUGCUGGAAAAAGCUAUCAAAGAGAGUAAACAAGAAUCUAAUAAUACUGAUAACCCAUCAAAAAGAAUUGAAGAAAACAUCUAUGAUGAUAAAAAUAGCUUAGCCAUAAACAAAUCUCUUGAUGAUGAAAAAAUAUCUAAACCAAUAGGUGAGAAUAAAUCUAAUAAAACAAAUUUGGCAAAAAAAUUAACCAUACGAGAUAAAGAUUCAGAUUCUAUAUCAGAUCAAGAUUCUAUAAAGAAUGAAAAUAAAGAACAAACAUCUGAUACGAAUGGUAAUGUUUUGAAAAGACCACUUGCAACGGUUAAAAAAUCUCAAAGAGGUACUAAACGGGCUAGACGAGCCGCUACAUCUACUGAAAAGACCACAAAAGGUGGGCGUAGAGGCAAAGGUUCUCGUUCUCAAACAAACCAAAGUACCUUAGAAGAAAGUGGUGGAAAUACUCAUACAUUCAAAGGUCACUCUGAAGUUAACUUAAGUAAACCAGUAAAACCAAGGUUACCUCCAACAAGAACAACGCUAAAUGAGAUGAAAAGAAGAGUAUCUGCCAUUUUAGAAUUUAUUUCGAGGACCCAAUGGGAAUUAAGCCAGGAUCAACAAACCAAGGAAGAACUGAUUAAGUUUGUCGAAAACGAAGAAUUUGUUAAAAAAGUUACUAACGUUUAUGAUAGAUAUAAUGACACCUUAACUAUGAUGGAUGAUUUGACUAGACAACUAUUACUUUGGGAACAGAAAUAUUGUUUUAACACAAUUAAAGUUAAUAAGGAAGAAGAAGAAGAAGAUUAG